AGUUGGACAAAUAAAGGAUGGAACGAGCACUUGUCCUCCUCCUGGUUGUAACAACAGUAUCUGGGUGUGGUGUGCCCAGCUACCAGCCGGACACCAGCCGUGUGGUGAAUGGGGAAGAAGCCCGUCCAUACAGCUGGCCAUGGCAGGUUUCCUUGGAGUCUUUUUUCCCUACUUGUGGAGCAACACUCAUUGCUCCUAACUGGGUUUUGACUGCUGCACAUUGCAUUACAUUCCACACGUACAGGGUUGUUCUGGCUGAGCAUGACAUGAAGACAGAGGAAGGACCUGAACAGUCCAUUAUGGUGGAAAAAAUGUUCAUCCAUCCCAAAUGGAACAAGAACUGCGUGUCUUGUGGGAAUGACAUUGCCCUGCUUAAGCUGGAGAAAAGUGCUGUUAUCAAUGACAAGGUCCAGCCGGCUUGCCUGCCACAGCAUGGUGCUACUCUCGCCCACAACCAACCCUGCUACGUCACAGGCUGGGGUCGUCUCUACUCUGGUGGUCCUUCUGCUACUACACUACAGCAGGCCCUACUUCCUGUUGUGGAUCAUGAAAUCUGUAGUCAAAGUGACUGGUGGGGCAGCUCAGCAAAGACAACCAUGGUCUGUGCAGGAGGAGAGAGCAAGUCAGCAUGCCAUGGUGACUCUGGAGGCCCUCUGAACUGCAAGGGCAGAGAUGGUAAGUGGUAUGUGCAAGGAGUGACGAGUUUUGUGGAUGGACGGGGCUGUAAUACCCCUCAGAAGCCCACCAUUUUCACCCGUGUGGCCUCUUUCAUCCCCUGGAUCAGUGAGACCAUGGCCCAAAACUGAAGAAAUGCUCAAUGACUGAAGAACUGAACGGGCAAUAAACUAUCAU